UAUAUAAACAACCCCAUCGCUCAAGAAACUAUGAACAUAGUAGAGUCAAUGGCAGGAAUAUUUGAGGGUUCAGCAGAGAUAUCUUCUGACCUGUACUCAAUUGCUUCAGUUAUGUAUAACAGUCAUCCACAUAAUAAUUUUCCUGCGAGGAAUAGAGCUGACGACCGGCAUUUAACACUUGGUAGGUACAGUUUUUAUGUUUGGCACUACCCCAAGAGUGUUAGUUUAAGGAUUUUAAACACAUUGCCUGUUGUUCUUAUAGGGUUAAAGAAAUACACAAAAUAUAAAAUGAGAGUGGCUGCCUCAACCCAAGUUGGAGAAAGUUCUUUGUCUGAAGAAAACGACAUCUUUGUGAGAACGCCAGAAGAUGAACCAGAAUCAUCCCCUCAAGAUUUUGAAGUUAUUGGUGUUACUGCAAGUGAAAUAAGUUUGAAGUGGUUACCGCCUGAGAAACCCAACGGGAUUAUUAUUGCUUAUGAAGUUCUCUAUAAAAAUACAGAUACCUUAUUUAUUCCUGAUAGUGCACCAGAAAAUAUUACUUACAAAAACAUUUCCUCUGGAGAGAUUGAACUGUCAUUCCUUCCUCCAAGUAGUCCCAAUGGAAUCAUACAAAAAUAUACAAUUUAUCUCAAAAGAAAUAAUGGGAAUGAGGAAAGAACUCCUGAUUCUCCCCCCAAAGACUUCUCUGUAAAACAGUUGUCUGGUGUCACAAUGAAGUUGUCAUGGCAACCACCCCUGGAGCCAAAUGGAAUUAUCCUCUAUUACACAGUUUAUGUCUGGGAUAGAUCAUCAUUAAAAACUAUUAAUGUAACUGAAACAUCAUUAGAGCUUUCAGAUUUGGACUAUCAUGUUGAAUAUAGUGCCUAUGUAACAGCUAGCACCAGAUUUGGUGAUGGGAAAACAAGAACCGAUAUCAUUACCUUUCGAACACCUGAAGGAGUAGUACCUGAAGGGCUUGUUGGAAACCUGACUUAUGAGUCCAUUUCGUCAACCGCAAUAAAUGUAAGCUGGGGUCCACCAUCUCAACCAAAUGGUCUAGUCUUCUACUAUAUUUCUCUGAGCUUACAGCAGACUCCUCGCCACGUAAGACCACCUCUAGUUACGUAUGAGACAAGCAUGUAUUUUGAUAAUCUGGAAAAAUACACUGAUUAUAUAUUAAAAAUCACUCCAUCAACAGAAAAGGGAUUCUCUGAUACCUAUACUGCCCAGCUACACAUCAAAACUGAAGAAGAUGUCCCAGAAACUUCACCAAUAAUCAACACUUUUAAAAACCUUUCCUCUACCUCAGUUCUCUUAUCAUGGGAUCCCCCAGUAAAACCAAAUGGUGCAAUAAUAAGUUAUGAUUUAACUUUACAAGGACCAAAUGAAAAUUAUUCUUUCAUUACUUCUGAUAACUAUAUAAUAUUGGAAGAGCUUUCACCAUUUACAUUAUAUAGUUUUUUUGCCGCUGCAAGAACUAUUAAAGGACUCGGUCCUUCCAGUAUUCUUUUCUUUUACACAGAUGAGUCAGUGCCUUUAGCACCUCCUCAAAAUUUGACUUUAAUCAACUACACUUCAGACUCUGUAUGGCUGAAAUGGAGCCCCAGUCCUGUUCCAGGCGGUAUUGUUAAAGUAUAUAGUUUUAAAAUUCAUGAACAUGAAACUGAUACUGUAUUUUAUAAGAAUAUUUCAGGUUUACAAACUGAAGCUAAACUUACUGGACUGGAACCAGUCAGCACCUAUUCUAUCAGCAUUUCUGCCUUUACCAAAGUUGGAAAUGGCAAUCAAUUUAGUAAUGUGCUGAAAUUCACAACCCAAGAAUCAGUUCCAGAUGCUGUACAGAACAUACAGUGUAUGACAAUUAGCUGGCAGUCAGCUAUGGUGAGGUGGGAUCCACCCAAAAAGGCAAACGGAAUCAUUACACAUUAUACGAUAACAGUUGAAAGGAAUUCGACAAAAGUCUCUCCCCAAGAUCACAUCUAUACUUUCAUGAAACUUCUUGCCAAUACCUCCUAUGUCUUUAAAAUAAGAGCUUCAACCUCAGCUGGUGAAGGUGAUGAAAGUACAUGCAACGUCAGCACGCUACCUGAAACAGUUCCCAGUGUUCCUACAAAUAUUGCGUUUUCGAAUGUUCAGUCAACUAGUGCAACAUUGACGUGGGUGAGACCUGACACUAUCUUUGGCUACUUCCAAAAUUACAAGAUUACCAUUCAACUUCGAGCUCAAAAAUGCGGAGAAUGGGAAUCUGAAGACUGUGUUGAACAUCAAAACAUUCAGUACCUUUAUGAAGCUGACCUAACUGAAGAGACCGUAUAUGGAUUAAAGAAAUUUAGAUGGUAUAGAUUCCAAGUGGCUGCCAGCACCAAUGCUGGCUAUGGCAAUGCUUCAAGUUGGAUAUCUGCACAAACCCUCCCUGGCCCUCCAGAUGGGCCUCCUGAAAAUGUGUAUGUAGUGGCAACAUCACCUUUUAGCAUCAACAUCAGCUGGAGUGAACCUGCUGUCAUUACUGGACCAACAUUCUAUCUGAUAGACAUCCAAUCAGUAGAUAGUGAUGAAUUUAAUAUUUCCUUAAUCAAGUCAAAUGAAGAAAAUAAAACCAUAGAAAUUAAAGAUUUAAAAAUCUUCACAAGGUAUUCCAUAGUGAUCACUGCAUUUACUGGAAACGUUAGUGCUGCGUAUGUAGAAGGAAAGUCGAGUGCUGAAGUGAUUGUUACUACUCUAGAAUCAGUCCCUAAGGAUCCACCUAACAACAUGACAUUUCAGAAGAUACCGGAUGAAGUUACAAAAUUUCAGUUAACAUUCCUUCCUCCUUCUCAACCCAAUGGAAAUAUCCAAGUAUAUCAAGCUUUGGUUUGCCGAGAAGAUGAUCCUACUGCUGUCCAGAUUCACAACCUAAGUAUUAUCCAGAAAACCGACACAUCAGUCAUUGCAAUGUUAGAAGGACUAAAAGGUGGACAUACGUACAAUAUCAGUGUUUAUGCGAUCAAUAGCGCUGGUGCAGGGCCAAAGGUUCAGAUGAGAAUAACCAUGGAUAUUAAAGCUCCAGCACGACCGAAAACCAAACCAACCCCUAUUUAUGAUGCCACAGGAAAACUGCUUGUGACUUCAACGACAAUUACAAUCAGAAUGCCCAUAUGUUACUACAAUGAUGAUCACGGACCCAUCAAAAAUGUACAAGUGCUUGUGGCAGAAGCCGGAGCUCAACAUGAUGGAAAUGUAACAAAGUGGUAUGAUGCCUAUUUUAAUAAACCCAGACCAUAUUUUACAAAUGAAGGCUUUCCCAACCCUCCGUGUACAGAAGGAAAGACAAAGUUCAGCAGCAAUGAAGAAAUCUACAUCAUUGGUGCUGAUCAUGCAUGUAUGAUUCCUGGCAAUGAAGACAAAAUGUGUAAUGGACCUCUGAAACCAAAAAAGCAAUACUUAUUUAAAUUUAGAGCCACAAAUAUCAUGGGACAAUUUACUGACUCUGAUUAUUCUGAUCCUAUUAAGACUUUAGGUGAAGGACUUUCAGAAAGAACUGUAGAGAUUAUUCUCUCAGUCACCUUGUGUAUCCUUUCAAUCAUUCUUCUUGGAACAGCUAUUUUUGCAUUUGCAAGAAUUCGGCAGAAGCAGAAAGAAGGUGGCACAUACUCUCCCCGGGAUGCAGAAAUUAUUGACACUAAAUUCAAGCUGGAUCAGCUCAUCACAGUGGCAGACCUGGAACUGAAGGAUGAGAGAUUAACGCGGCCGGUAAGCAAGAAAUCCUUCUUGCAACAUGUUGAAGAGCUUUGCACAAACAACAACCUAAAGUUUCAAGAAGAAUUUUCGGAAUUACCCAAAUUUCUUCAGGAUCUUUCUUCAACUGAUGCCGAUCUGCCUUGGAACAGAGCAAAAAACCGCUUUCCAAACAUAAAACCAUAUAAUAAUAACAGAGUGAAGCUGAUAGCUGAUGCUAGUAUUCCAGGAUCAGAUUAUAUUAAUGCCAGCUAUGUUUCUGGCUACCUAUGUCCAAAUGAAUUUAUUGCAACUCAAGGUCCCUUACCAGGAACAGUUGGGGAUUUCUGGAGAAUGGUUUGGGAAACCAGAACAAAAACAUUAGUAAUGCUAACACAGUGUUUUGAAAAAGGGCGGAUCAGAUGCCAUCAGUAUUGGCCAGAGGACAACAAACCAGUUACCGUCUUUGGAGAUAUAGUGAUUACAAAGCUAAUGGAGGAUGUUCAAAUAGAUUGGACCAUCAGGGAUCUGAAAAUUGAAAGGCACGGGGAUUGCAUGACUGUUCGACAGUGUAACUUUACUGCUUGGCCUGAACAUGGGGUUCCUGAAAACAGUACCCCCCUAGUUCACUUUGUGAAGUUGGUUCGUGCAAGCAGAGCACAUGACACCACACCUAUGAUUGUUCACUGCAGUGCUGGAGUUGGAAGAACUGGAGUUUUUAUUGCUCUGGACCACUUAACACAACACAUAAAUGACCAUGACUUUGUGGAUAUAUAUGGACUGGUAGCUGAGCUGAGAAGUGAAAGAAUGUGCAUGGUACAGAACCUGGCACAGUAUAUCUUUUUACACCAGUGUAUACUGGAUCUCUUAUCAAGUAAAGGAAGUAAUCAGCCCAUCUGUUUUGUUAACUAUUCAGCACUUCAGAAGAUGGACUCCUUGGAUGCCAUGGAAGGUGAUGUUGAGCUUGAAUGGGAAGAAACCACCAUGUAAAUAUUCAGACCAAAGAUUACAACUGGAAGAUUUUUUCAAAUCCCAGGGGCCAAAAUUAACCCCUCAUUCUUCUGAAUUGAAAUGUACAACCUUAGAAAAAUCUCUAUGGUUCCCUUACCGUGCCUUAUACUAAAAGCAUGGACAUUUUAUGAAUAGUUCCGAUAAAUAGCUAAUUCAGGAUAGUUAUUUGUUUUGUACAGAAUAAACAUUAUGCAUCUAAAACAUUUAAGGAGAAAUAUCCCAGAGAUUUUUGAUAUCUUCCGUAUUUGGGGAAUAAGCCAAAUAUAAAAUUAUUCUUACAUCAGCAUUCAUGUUUCAAUGUGCAUUUUCCCUAUGUAUUGAAUUAAUCUUGAACAGAAGUUGCAAAUGUUGAUUCAGUAGUGUUAUUUUGGCCUCGAGGGUGUUGACGUUUCUUGUGGAUAACUUCCAGGACUGUCAUAAUGAUCUGCACUUCCAUGUACGCCCCUGUGUUUUGAAUCCUCUGUUUUAUGAGUGCUGAGAUAUCAUCUCGUGAUCUCGAACAGCUGAACAGUAACCCCUGACACUGCAGGGAUUACUUAGCCUUUAUACAACACACAGUAGCUCUUCGGGGACACUUAGGGCUAUUUAAAUUGCAUUGUGAUCUUUAGUUUGAAAAAAAAAACAACAUAAAGAAACAUUAAGCAGUGCAAUUGCUCACAUGAAGCAAUAGAGUGCUUUUCUAGCCUGUCUACGUUUGGGCGUUUGUACAUUUUCAGGCACAAGCUGUACCACUGUAUUAUAUAGUUAAAUACAUAGUUAAAUGUAUCAAAGUAUUUGUCCAUUAGAUAUAUAUCCCCACUAAUAUUAACAAUUUCUUCAGCAGAAAUGUAUAAAAAAAACAAUAAUAAAAAUAUGUCAUGUGUUUCAAGCUUGUAAACUAAUGAUGUGCUACUGUGGUGCCAACAGAUACAUCCUAAUAGAUUACAAAAAAAAUGGUCUUUAUUUCAUUUCUCAAGGUUGGUUAUUGGGGAAUAUAUUUGGUAAUCAUGAAACAAAGAAAUUAACCAGGUUAUAGCAAAUUAGCGAUUUUUUUACAAAGAAAAUAUUUCAACCUCCUUUUUGUUAGUGACAAUGUACUAAGUAAGUUUUGAACUAUGUGGUAUAAUUUUGUCACAUAUUUCAAUUAAGACUCAUAAAACAAAAUAAUAUUAAUUAUUCUAUUUCUUCUAUGGUAAGAAUUAUACCUUAAAUGCAUAUUUCUGCUGGAAUAUAAAUAUAGAAAAUGUG